AGUUAUUCUCUUCACUCCUAUCGCUAUCAGUCGCCACACAGCAAAUCCAAAUGCCGCCAUCUUUGUGCAGGGCAAGUAUAAUCGCCUAACUGGCGAGUGCAGUGCGCCUGCACCAACGUGCCUCUUGCAAGGAUAGUGAGAAGAGACGGACAAGAAGGAAACGGAAGACGUCUCCUCCUUGUCCUCCAUUUCCCGGUGCAUUCAAGUGCGUGGUCAGUUAUCUCGGAUUGGCUUCAGGAGCCAGAUGUAGGUAGAUCCUGCUUUUGAAGCAACUGCUGCUAAAAUGGCAGCACUCAGCAAUGAUUGUCCGCAUUUGGAAUCUGUUGGUGAGAUAACGAAGGAAGAUCUAAUACACAAGUCCCACGGCACUUGCCAGGAAUGUAAAGUGAAAGGACCAAAUCUUUGGGCAUGCUUAGAGAAUAGAUGCUCAUAUGUUGGUUGUGGGGAGUCUCAUAUAGAUCACAGCACCAUACAUUCUCAGGAUACAAAGCAUUGCCUGACAGUUAAUCUUACCACAUUACGUAUUUGGUGUUAUGCAUGUAGCAAAGAAGUGUUUUUAGACAGAAAACUGAGAUCUCAUUCAUCAUUACAAACUGUACGGCUAUCUCAUCAAGAUCCUGAACACAUCAUUCAGGAUAUUAGGCUUCCUAGUAUCCCAACGCUGAAAAUUCCUCUGAUUGCAACAUUUGAUGACCUAGAUGUACAGGAAGACGAAGAAGAUGAAUUCAAGGCAAGAGGUCUGACAGGUUUGAAAAACAUUGGGAAUACUUGUUAUAUGAAUGCUGCUUUGCAAGCUCUUUCAAAUUGUCCACAGUUAACACAGUUUUUCCUUGACUGUGGAAGUUUAGCUCGGACUGAUAAGAAACCAGCCAUUUGCAAAAGUUACUACAAGCUGAUGACAGAACUGUGGCAUAAAAGCAGGCCUGGAGCCGUCAUCCCCACAAAUUUGUUCCAAGGAAUUAAAACAGUUAAUCCAACCUUUCGUGGAUACUCACAACAGGAUGCACAGGAAUUUUUGCGUUGUUUAAUGGAUUUGCUCCAUGAAGAGCUAAAGGAACCUGUUAUGGAAGCAGAGGAUACUAACCUAGUGAAUGCAGAAGAGAGCAUGGAAGAAGCCAAAAGCCACUGUGAUGUAGAUUUUCAGUCAUGUAGUAAUACUGAAAAGGGGGGAAAUGAGACGUGGUCAAAAUCCGUUACAGAGGAUCAUGCAGAAGAUGCUAUGCUAAUUCAGGAUGAUGAAAAUGUGUGUAAAGACUACCAGAAAGAGAAGUCCUUCUGCACCAAUAUGAACAGAGCAAGUUCCAUGGAAGACAUAGAAAAAGAUAUUAAUAGUUUCUUUGAAACAACUGAAUUUUUGCAUAACCAGGAAACUGUCAAGGUGCAAAUUCACAGCAAACAUUCAGACUACAUCAAUGAAGUCCAUAUGAAUGAUGUGUCUUUGCCACAAAGUUUGCCAUCCAAAGAUAUGGGGAAUGCACGUUUAUCAACCAGCCUUCCCAAAUCAGGUUCUUUCUGGUCUGGUCUGGUAUCCUCACACAAAAAAGUUCCAACUGUGUCUUCUCCAAAAAAGAAGAAACACAAAAAAUACAGAAGUGUUAUCUCUGACAUAUUUGAUGGGACCAUCAUAAGUUCAGUACAGUGUCUGACAUGUGACCGGGUUUCUAUUACCCUGGAGACUUUCCAGGAUUUGUCAUUACCUAUUCCAGGUAAGGAAGACCUUGCUAAGCUGCAUUCUGCAAGUCAUCAGACUUCUCUUGUCAAAGCAGGUUCUUGUGGUGAAGCAUAUGCUCCUCAAGGGUGGAUAGCAUUUUUUGUGGAAUACUUCAAAAGGUUUGUUGUCUCAUGUGUUCCUAGCUGGUUUUGGGGUCCAACAGUAACCUUACAAGACUGUCUUGCUGCAUUUUUUGCCAGAGAUGAACUAAAAGGUGACAAUAUGUACAGUUGUGAAAAGUGUAAAAAGUUAAGAAAUGGAGUGAAGUUCUGCAAAGUUCAACGUUUUCCUGAGAUAUUAUGUAUUCAUCUAAAAAGAUUCAGGCAUGAACUUAUGUUUUCCACAAAAAUUGGAACUCAUGUGUCCUUUCCUUUGGAAGGACUUGAUCUUCAGUCUUUUCUUUCUAAGGACAGCCCAGCUCAAAUAGUGACAUACAAUCUCUUAUCUGUUAUCUGCCAUCAUGGAACUGCCAGCAAUGGACAUUAUAUAGCUUAUUGCCGGAAUAAUUUAAAUAAUCGAUGGUAUGAAUUUGAUGAUCAGAGUGUCACAGAAGUACCAGAAGCAGCUGUCCAAAAUGCAGAAGCUUAUGUUCUUUUUUAUAGAAAAAGCAAUGAAGAAGCUAAAAAAGAGAGACAAAAAUUAUCAAGCCUUAAUGUAAUGGAACCAAGCCUCCUCCAGUUUUAUAUUUCUCGCCAGUGGCUAAAUAAAUUCCGGACCUUUGCAGAACCUGGACCUAUUUCAAAUAAUGACUUUCUCUGUACUCAUGGAGGAGUUCCUCCACACAAGGCUACUUCUAUAGAGGACCUAGUAAUAAUGCUACCUCAAAACAUCUGGGAUAACCUGUACAGCAGGUAUGGUGGAGGACCUGCCGUUAACCACUUAUAUGUUUGUCAUACUUGUCAAAUGGAAGCAGAGAAAAUAGAGAAGCGAAGGAAAACAGAAUUGGAAAUGUUUAUUCAGCUCAACAGAGCAUUCCAAGAGGAAGAAUCUCCAUCCAUAUUCUAUUGUAUAAGUAUGCAGUGGUUUAGAGAAUGGGAAGGGUUUGUGAAGGGCAAGGACAGUGAUCCUCCAGGUCCCAUUGACAAUACCAAAAUUGCUGCCAGUAAAUGUGGAACUGUUCUUUUGAAGCAAGGAGCUGAUUCUGGACAGAUUUCUGAGGAAACAUGGAGUUUUCUCCAAUCAAUCUAUGGAGGAGGACCAGAAAUCAUACUGCGGCCACCUGUUCCUCAGAUUGAACCUGAACCUUUGGAUACUGAAGAUAAGAUUGAAUUAGAAACACACAGUCUGUAGUCAUCAUCAACAUCUUCAUUCUUUAUAUUGAACAACAUACAUUCCUAGAUCUCUUCUAUAUUGCUGUUUUACUUUUGUUUCUCUGAAAGGGAACAGGAUGUUGGGCAUUAUUGCAUUUGUUGAAGAAUGAAUCAGAACUUGCAAUUUAAAAAUUCUAAUGAUUUGUUAUGGAUUGGUCUCAGACUGAUAAAUGUACCUUUCCAGUGCUAUGUAAUAGUAUGCACAAAAUAGCAAUUAAGGAUUUAAUCAUUAUUUUCUGAUCUCUCUGCAUUUCCAGGCUGUUUUUAACCAAGUUAUGUCACAGCUAGGAUUUAAGGGUGCAUAUUUUAAACAGAUUGUGGUGGUAUUGUAAGAAAAUGAUCUAGUGUACUAUGAAAACUCAGGAAAAGCUGUUUUAUUUGCACUGCACUGUGUAAAAAUAAUGAAAUAAAUUUCAAGUGCUUUUCUUACAUCAGAUAUAUUAAUUUAGAGGGAAUGUUGUUUUGGUUGGUAUAUAUAAGUAACUUAUUGCCUAUGCUUAAACCUGAUAUAAACCAGUAAUACUAUCAGUAAAUAAACAAAACUAUAAUCUCUAGUAUUGUUUUGAGAGCAUGAUGUUGUUAUGCGACUAGCUUGUGUGCCUGAGAUAUUUCCUAGCCUUUUAAAAUUACAUGCAUCUAUAGUUCUGUGUGGGAAAAUAUCUUAUUGUACAGUUAACACAAUGAUCAUUGGCAUGAUUUAUGAUGUCAAAAAUGGAAUAGAUAGACAAAGACUGCAAAAGCAUUCUGGUUUAUUCAUAUUGAAAUGUUGAAUGUUACCCAGUGCUUUUCUUUCUUCUCAAAUACUGCUACCAUAUAAGCAAUACUAUUCUAUGCUAGUUCAAUAAAAAAACUAUGUUAAAAAUAGUUACACAGUUUGAACUUAAAGCACGAUGAAAUUUCAUAUUAUGCGUAUGUAUUACAUAUCAAUGUUGCAUUAAUAUUUAUUUGUGACACAUAUUGUAAUUUCGAAAAAUAAAGAUCAGUUUUGAAUGGAGAAA